AUGGGCCAAUUCGCGAGCGGAUGCGUAAAUUGGGGCGUGAAUUUUUCCAAAGGCGGCGGGAGUGGUAAAUGGGGAAUUGUUUCCUUCGAUUUGGUGGAGGAGGAGUUCCGGAUGGCGGCGGAGUUCGAGUACAGUCACCACCUGCCGGCGCUGGGCGUUUUGGGGGAAUGCCUCUGUAUGCUGUUUUAUAGGACUGCGACAGAGAUUGAGCUGCGGGUGCGGAAGGGGUACGGGGAGACGACGUCGUGGAUGGUGCUGGGGAGUAUGUUCGGGUGGCAGGUGUCGGCGGCGCUUCUGUACCCGAUGCCGAUUUAUCUUCGCGGCGAGGAUGGGUCGACGCUGGUUUACUUCGGCACCGCGUUGAAGGUUUACGAUCUGAAGAAGAGGAGGUUCAAGGAUUGUAUAUUUCUAUUUUAA